UUUGCGUUGGUUGCGUAAAUAACGUUGACAGCGUAAGAUUGCGCGGAGCUGAGCAAACGUUAAAAAAGAAACAAUAAGUGAGUGUUUAGUGCUUUUUCUGAAGACUAUCUCCAUGAACAAUCUGAAUGAUCCUCCUGGAUGGAAUAUAAGGCCAGUGCCACAUGAGGGUCCUGAUGGAGGGAAAUGGAACUACGCUCUGUUAGUACCGAUGCUUGGCCUUGCGGCCUUUCGUUGGAUCUGGACACGUGAGUCGCAGAGGCAGAUCCAAGAAGCAAAAAGCCAGUUUGAGGGGGACGUGGCUACCGUUGCCAAAGACCUUGAGCUCAAGUAUAAAGAUACGCUGACGGAGAACCGGCGAACCACUGCUGUCCUAGAGCUGGAGCUAGAGAAAGCGCGUCAGCGGGUGGAGGGCUACAAGAAGGCCCUGGCCUCGCAGAGCCAGCAUCUCCUGGAGGAGCGCAAGCACCUACAGAAGGAACGUGAGGAGCUAGAGGAAGAGAAGAAGCGUGCCCUGCAGUCUGGAGCAGCUGGAAUGGUACUUCAUGCGGCUCUGCAACAGGAGGAGGAAUGGCAGCAGAGAGCCCAGGUUUUGCUUCAGGACCUGGAGCACCGGCUGGUGGAGAGGCAGAACGCCUUCUGUAGCCUCCUGCUGCCCAGGGAACGCAGGAUGGAGAUGGAGAAAGAUCUGCUGCUCAGAGUGGCCAAGGACCCGGCGGGGGCAGAAUUGGGCCUGGAGGAUGACAUCAGGGACAUUUUUAAAAAUGAUAGGCACUGCGCAGACAUGAUGAAUAUGGACAAGAGGAAAAAUGGGAAGCUGAUGUGGCUGUAUCUUAAAUACUGGAGGCUGCAGGUUACACUGCAGAAACACAAGAGAGCAGAGGACAGGUUGAAAGGGUCGCUGCCUGAUGUCAAGUGACAGAAAUUUAGAAAAAUAUAGUACUUGUUUUUAACCUCAUUUCUCAUGAGUCUCAUGGCAUUUCUCAUGAGUUGCACUAAUGCUUAGGUAUAUACAGAUUGACAAAUUAAAGGGAAAAAAUGGUGGCACCAUGUUGCUGGUAUCUACUUAGAGUGAGGCAUCUACUCAAAUCAAUACAAAGUUCUUCUAAAUGAUUACCUAUAUCCUGUGAUGAAAACUUCAUCUACAAUGAACCCGUCUCCAUCCACAGAGCACAAGGCCUCGCUGAAUGGUUUAUGAAAAGGAAAAUGAAGUAAAUCAUAUGCUAUGACCUUCAAAGUCAUCAGAUCUCAAGCCACUUGAACAUCUGUGGGAGAUUUUGGACCCACACACACCAAACUGCACUUUCCUUCACCGCCAUUAUCAAAACAUAACCUGAGGGGAAAACCUUUUGGAAGAACAGUCUUCAUCACUCUGGUACAUUUCCAGAGACGUGUAGAAUCUAUGACAUGGUGCAUUGAGGGUGUUUUGGUGGCUCAUAUCCCAACACCUUACUAAUACACUCUCUUUAAAUUUGUUACCCAUCUGUAUGUUUCUUUAACUUUGUCUAGUCAAGCAUAUUUAUGAAUUUGUUUGGGAGGGGGCUACUAAACCUACUGACAAUCAUUUGAAAAUAAUGCUGUUUCUGUGAGUGUAUAUCGUCUUUGCCGUUAAUCAGCAUGAAAUUAUAGCUGUUUCACCUGGACCUUUAUAUUCAUACAGAUGUAAAUCAUCCCUGUAAUGAUAAAUUCAAGUUUAAAAAAAUAAAUAAAAAUUGUGCCAUUUCAAA